CGCCACGAGCCAUAGUCUCGCGGGCGCGCUCGUUGGAAGCGGUUCAACUUUUUUCCUCCUAGUGCUCACAGUGCCGUCGCAACAUCAGCGUCAUCGUCAUCAUCAUCAUCGUCAACAGUCAGCUAGCUCACCUGAGCGUCGAAGUGCAAAGACCUGCUUCGAAAGAGAUUCGAUCAACAACGUUCACCCCUCUCUCCACCCGCCUCACUCAGCACUUCCACUUUCGGUUUGCUUCGCUGCCAAAAGUCUGGGAUCAUACGCCAGCCAGCCGAAGGUCGUCGCGAAGGACCGGGUGAAAGUGAUUAGAAAAGGAACGCCAGCAACGGGCCUCAGUAUCGCUAGCCCCUCACCAGUUGUGGGAAAUUCUUAAGCGCAAAUUCUCGUCUUCGCAUACCUUAAAAACCUCGACCUUUGAAAGCUCGACGAUGUCGCUCGUACCGGUACAGUACCGCACGUGGUGGGACGACUGGGACCUGCCGCUGUACACGCGCGUCCUCGAGAAGUCGAUCACGCAGGAGGUGCUCGGCACGGACGACUACUGGCGGGGGGCGCCGCUCGCGCCGCUGCGCUGGUCCAGCCUGUACCGGCCCUGGCGCUACUUCAGCCUGCGGGACGUCGGCGCGAAGGUGGACACGGACCGGGAUCGCUUCCAGAUCGAGCUCGACGUGCACCAGUUCCUGCCGCACGAGGUCACGGUCAGGCGCACGGACAAGUACGUCACGAUCGAGGGCAAGCACGAGGAGAAGCGGGACGAGCAGGGCUACGUGGCGCGCCAGUUCUCCCGUCGCUAUCUGGUGCCGAUUGGAUACGACGCUAACCUGAUCGUCUCGUCGCUCUCGUCCGACGGCGUGCUGACCGUCACGGCGCCCCGGAUUGGUCUGCCGGCACCGAAAGUCGAAAAGUACGUCCCGAUCUGGCACACCGGUAAACCGGCCAUCGAGGAUAAGAAUUCGCGACGAUGUUUGACGUACUACAAGUAAACGAACCGAUCGAACAGACGCACACACACACACACAUCGUAUUCCCUUCGGAACGAUACGUGGCUUAGAAUGUAAUGCACGGCAACUCUUUCCAACACCCUGCGAAUGUUGUGCUGCACGUCGUACUUAUUUUCUCGUGAUUUAAGUCCCCACGGUUGGAGCAAGCUGCAGAAAAGAUCUAAAUGGUGGAAUGGUGAAUAGCAUACUUUUAGGCGUUCGCUGUCUACAUCUGGGCGUAAAGCGGUUUUUGAAAGAGUAGCUCGAUUAGAACCAUUACUAAGCACCACUUACAUCUUUUAAGCGGCUUUUCUACCGAGGGAACAUGCUUUCAAUAUCACACACACACGCUCACAUACAUAUCCAAAAUGCUAAUACUCGAAAAGCAAAAGAAAGCAGCACUAACCCAGUUACUACCGUAAGCCACGCGUACCAACUAAAGAUGUGAUUCAUUAGCAAACAGUGUUAUCGUUGUUGUUCAUUGUUAGAAGCCCGGAACGAGUAGUAGUUCCCCCCUUUUCCCCCCUCCAUCUCUAACAUCACACCCGAUCGUGUGCGUAACAUUGUUUGACGUGAGACGACGGCAUUGCGAAAUCGUCGUCAUUCCGUUUACGCAAGGAGCUGGCCUAGACUAUAGUUUAGUUCUAGUUGUUUUUGUUCUUUCUUUCUGGCGAAUAACAACAACGUUCACAGAGUAAACUAAUUCCAAUAAUAAAAAUCGUAUUGAAUCUAAUGUCGAACGCA